ACACACAUGGCAUUGCUCAGAUAGAGGUGCUUCCACACAUUCUCACACGUGUUCACUAACAAAAGACUGGACAUGCUUCUACAGAGCUUAUGGGACUAUAUCUUGGGGCACUCGGCUCUGCUCAGCUCGCCCUUUUUCCCAGUUCUUUUCAACCCCUGCGUCUACAUCUCCUUCAGCCUGCCCUUCAUCGUACUGGACCUACUCUCUCCUCACCUGGCCUGGGUUCGGAGAUACAAGAUCCAGGGUGAGAGCCAAAUCUCCUGGACUACCAUGGGCCAAUGCCUGGGUCUGUUCUUCUACAACUACGUGGUCUACCUCUUUCAUAUGAUUUUGGUUAACUGGUACUUGCGGCCCAUCAGCCUGCCUGCCCAGGCCCCAGAGAGCCUUCGCCUGGUCUGGGAUGUCCUAGCCUGCCUGCUGCUCUUCGACUUCCAGUACUUCUUCUGGCACUUGCUGCACCACAGAGUGCCCUGGCUGUACCGUACCUUCCACAAGGUGCACCACAAACACACCUCCACCUCCGUCCUCACCACCCAGUACUCUGGGGUCUGGGAGACUCUCUCUCUGGGUUUCUUCGCAUCCAUCAACCCCUACCUGAUGGGCUGCCACCCACUGACAGAGAUGCUCUUUUACGUGCUCAACAUCUGGCUGUCUGUGGAGGACCACUGCGGCUACGACCUGCCGUGGGCCACUCACAGGCUGGUGCCCUUUGGACUCUAUGGCGGAGCUCCGCAUCACGACCUACACCACCUCAAGUUCAAGUCCAACUUUGCACCCUACUUCACACACUGGGACCGUCUGUUUGGGACCCUGCAUGAACACUAACAGAAAAGGAGAGAGAUGGAACUAAGCACUAAAGAACAAGUUGGAUGAACUGUUAAAUGGAGGAAAGGACUAUACAGCUUCCUGAAUGCUGUCUCUGUUCAGAGACGGGUUGUUUGGAAUUCUGAUGCACUGAAGCCAGCCCUUCUGUCAUGAUGCAGGAUGAAGUACUGAGGUCUAUUGAGACACAUUGAUGUAGCAGUACUCAAUUAUGAGUAUGACAAUGACGAGUAUCUUUUACAUUAAAAGACAUUGGCAGAGCAAUCUGUAAUAUAUUGCAUGAAUUCUGUAUGCAUUCUAUUUAAAACAGCUAUCACAUCAUUAUAUUUAUUUAUCUAUUUUUAAGUAUCAUCAGGAUUUACUGUGCUGUUCAAUCAUUUGUUGUUUUUGUUGAUUUGGAUGUUCUUGAUAUGUAGUUGAUUGUUCCAGAAUGUCUUUCAGUAUUUAUUUCCAACACUGUUAUGGAGCUGUAUAGUUUCAGGGGUGCUGGAUUCAAACAGUGUCUGCUGAAUACUUUGAAUGUCCUGUGGCUUAUCAAUGUUUGUGAAAAAACACAUGAGAAAAUGGAAAGUAAGAUGAAGAACAAUUGGUUAUGUUUACCAAUAAAAUCUGAUGUAUACAACAUAUUUUAA